AUGUGUUAUGUGGGGAAAGCAACGAAGAUCUUCAUCUUCAUAGUGACAGUGCUUGUGGUGACUGGACUUCUCUUGGGUUUCGGGCUGCUUCGUCACGGCAUUGGCUACUCCCACAAAUGCUCCGGCGACCCCUCCUCCUCCUGCCACCAGUCUCAGACGUCUUUUCCCAGUCCCAACCCAAAUCCGAAUCCGAAUCCGAGUUCCAUGUUCAACCAACCUCCCCUUCCUCCACCUCCGCCGGCGGUGGUGGAGACAGCAGCUCCAACUCCGACAUUCAGUCCUCCGAGCCCAUUUGUGUCUCCAAGUCCAUUUGUUUCUCCAAGUCCAGUGCAGUCUUAG